CAAAGCUUUAUUAAGAUCGCAGAUCUAAUUACGUAAUAAGUUUGUACUUAUAAACAGUGCGAUUAACGUUUUACGUCGUCUGAUAGAAUUCAAACUAUACAUCGACGAACAUUUAGCUGAGAAAAAAAAACAAUAAAACGAAAUAAUUUAUAAUAUCAUUAUAUAAUCAGUAAAAAAUAUUUGUCAAUAUUACGUCGUUCACGAGCGUUGAGAGAGUAUGACGUCAGUUUUUAUACAAUAACGUAUAAAAUCUCUGUAUAUAUUUUAGCAUACUUAUAGAGGUUAAGUGCUUAACCUCUUAACCUUUUAAGUCAAUCAGAUUUAUUAUAUUAAUUUAGAGCAAUGCAGAUUUUAUGCAGAAAUCAGAUGCGGAAAGAUUUAAAAUGUAUCCUUGUAUUUUUGAUAAAAAAAAGUCGUCUAAAAAAUCGCAUUAACACAAAUACACAUACGCAUUGAUGGGUGGAGCGAUCACCACACCACUUAUCAUCAACCAAUAAGGAAUAAGCCUACGUAUUUACGAAUCACGUCAUCACACAAGUUAUAUCUCUUUACUUGUAUGGAGUGCUUUUUUUUUUUUGUUAUCCAUUCUGAAGAUUAUCUCUCAGUGUUUCGUGAAAACAGCUGUUGUUCGCACAGUAGUGAGGACGUUUCCAACCUAAAUAGAGUACGAGAUUUGAAAUAGAAUUUUAUUCGAGUUAUUACAUUUGCUGGUGGUGUUAUAUAUAAUCUAAUAAUAAAAAUAUUUAUAAACACAGUGCCUUUUAUUAGCAACUUGUCUUCCUUCUAGAAUAAUUAGUCAAUGAAAGAAAAUUGUAUAGGGGGUAAAUAUUUAAAUAGAUUUCACAACAUGAAUUUAUCUUUCGCUGGCUGUGGUUUUCUUGGUAUUUACCAUGUUGGUGUAGCAGUAUGUUUUAAAAAAUAUGCACCGCAUUUGCUGCUGGAUAAGAUUAGUGGAGCAUCGGCUGGUGCUAUCGCUGCCUGCUGUCUUCUUUGUGACUUACCCCUCGGUGAAAUUACGAGUAAUGUGUUGCGUGUAGCACGAGAAGCCAGAGAACAUACACUAGGUGCUUUCAGUCCAUCAUUUAAUGUACAUGAUAUAUUGUUGGAGAGUUUACAAAAAUUUCUACCAGAGGAUGCACACAUUCGUGUAAAUGGAAAGUUACAUAUUUCUUUGACCAGGGUAUACGAUGGAAAAAAUGUGAUAGUUUCGCACUAUAACUCAAGACAAGAUUUACUUCAGGCUCUAUUGGCCUCUUCAUUUAUUCCUUUUUUCUCUGGUAUAUUGCCACCACGAUUUCAUGGAAUCAGAUACAUAGAUGGUGGUUUCAGUGAUAAUCUUCCUACGCUUGAUGAAAAUACUGUUACAGUUAGUCCUUUUUGCGGAGAAAGUGAUAUUUGUCCUAGAGAUAUAUCAUCUCAAUUGUUUCAUGUGAAUGUGGCAAAUACAAGUAUAGAACUUUCAAAACAAAACAUAUGUAGAUUUGCUAGAAUACUUUUUCCACCAAAUCCAAAAAUUUUAUCCAAUAUGUGUAAACAAGGAUUUGAUGACGCUUUAAGAUUUUUACAUCGCAACAACUUAAUUAAUUGUACUAGGUGCCUUGCUGUACAAUCUACAUUCGUCGUAUCAGAGACACUAGAUGAGAGUUUCGAAUAUGAUCCUGAAUGUUUAGAAUGUAAAAUGCAUAGACAGGAAGCGUUGGUAGCUAAUUUACCAGAGACCGUUUUGACUAUAUUUCAAGAUGCCAUAGAUUCAGCAAAUAAAGGUCUUAUUAAUUGGUUGUUUAAACAUAGAAGUAUAAAGUUACUCUCCUUGCUUAGCUUACCUUGUACAUUGCCAGCAGAUGUAGUGUAUGCAACAUUUACAAAUUUGGUUGGUAACAAAAUAGAAACUUAUAAUGUGGAAUACAAAGUAAUCGGAAAUGUACUUCACACACCUUUAUGUGCAUUGAAUUGUGCUAAACAUUUAAAACCUUCACGAUUUAUAUUAAAUGUUCCAAAAUUACGGAAUAAUCUUGUUGAAGCGAGUAAAUAUAUCUUGGAACAUUUGACUUAUGUAUUUCCACAAAUCAAUGUCUAUUACCAACCAAUACCUCAGACAAUCAAGUGUCAAUUAGCUGUUACAGAAUAUGGAUCUAAUAUUUAUGAUAUCAAAUCAACAGAAAACAAUGAUGCAUUGCGUAAAAAUUCAAAAAGUUUAAAUUUGACACUCCAGUAUAAUGAAUUACAAUCGUGGAAAGAAUGUAAUAAUAAAACAAAUUGUGUUAUAAAUGUGUCAGAUAUUGGAAUAGUGGAUGAUACUUUUGAAAAUAUAUUACAGGUAACUACGGAUCAAGAAGCUGUAAUAGCAUAUUAUUACAUGGACGAAAAUAAUAAAGUACAGGUAACAGAAAUAUUUGAUGUAACUGACGCAGAUUCACAUGGAAUAUUAUCUGUUGAUGAAAUUGAGACCAAUACAAAAUUACAAUUUGACGGUUGGGAUGAGCCUACUUGGCUAUCUCAGCAUACAUUAAAUGAUGUUACAACAGAAUCUCUUUACACUGAAACAAAUCAACAAAGUUUAGAGAAUUUGUCCGAUAUAUCUUUAGACGAUGAUAUAUUGGACAAUUCGAAUAUUUUUUCUGAUCCUGAAAGCGAAUGGGGAAUGGAAAAGAGUAAACAAGAAGAAGAAGAAGAAGAACAACAACAACAACAACAACAACAACAACAACAACAACAACAACAACAACCAUGCAAUCCUCCUGAUAGUCGACCAGAAGUAGAUCAACCAUCAUUAAAGAUUUAUACUAAAUGGAGUACUUCUUCUUCGGUUGGUUAUGGCUUACAUUAGAAAUAUGAAGAAUAACUAUUUAUUGUAAAUGAUACUAUAUUAAUAUAUAUUUACAAUUGUGCAUUAAUUAAUCCAAUGGGGAAAUUCUGCCUAACGAGUGCUGUGACUUCAAUACCUUUUCUUGAUUGUUUUAUUAUGUAACAUAUUUUUAAUAUAUAGUAUGUACAUUAUGUUACAUAAUUAUCCUUGUUUACAAAUUCGAUGAACAUUUUUUUAUAUUUUGGUCAUAAAUAACUAGUUGUUAAUAAUUUCUUAUUAUAAUAAAAUAUAAUUUCCAUGGAAACGAUUAAUUAAAAUGUUUAUUACAUAAAAACAAUUCAAACUUUCAUACUAUCAGUUGUUUCUCUUUUUUUUUUGUUUUUUUUUUUUUGUUUUUUUUUUUUCUGCACUGUACAAUUCACAAAUUUUUAUUAAUAUUAAAUCCAUUGAAACUUGAAUUAUACUUUAAAUUCAUAUAUAUGUAUGUAUAUUAUAUAUAUAUAUAUAUAUGUAUAUAUAUAUAUAUAUGUAUAUAUGUAUAUAUAUAUAUAUAUAUAUGUAUAUAUGUAUAUAUAUAUAUAUAUACAUAUAUAUAUAUAUAUCUGUAUUUUAAUAUUAUUUAUCGAAUAUAUCAUAGAUUCUUUACAAAUGAUUUACUGCCAAUUCUUCAGCACGCAUAUUUAAUAUACAAAAUUUCAUGUUAAUGUAAUUCAUUAAAUAAGAAUUGCAUUGCUUAAAUGAAUUUUCCACAAUAUAUAUACAUAUAUUGUGGAUCCUAUAUUACAACUUUAUUAAUGUAUAGAAAUUAUGACUGCUUCCUCCUAGAUAUAGAAUUAACAGAGAUCUUUGCGAAUCUUCGUUGUUACUGAAAUAUUUCCAUGUAUAUCUUAUUUAUAUAGAAAUAAUUUAAUUUACAUUAUAAUUUUAUGUAUCGUCACAUAAUUAAAUAAAACGUUUUAUGUAUGUUAUAUAUACAAGUUUGUAAGGAAUCGGUAAAAGUUCUAUAGUGAAAAAUAUAACAUGUAGGCACAGCAUGUGGGAUGAUAGAUCGAAGUAUACAACAGAUCAAGCUUAUUUUUACCAUGUGAUUUUUCGUACAUCAUAUAUGCAAACAGUUACCAAUUUUGUUAUGGUACUAUAAUAAACAAUAGCAUGUAGAUAUCUUUUUCAGGCAUACAUAUGUUACGAUUGAAAUCAAAACCAUACUGCUGUUGUUACUUUUACUUUAAGAGUUAAAAUUAUUAUUUAUCGUAAAUGCAGAAUGGUAUGAAAAAGGGUAAAGAUCAAUAAAAAUGAAAUAUUUAUUGCA